AUGCACAUCUUCUUCGAAUGCAAAUCAAUAAAACAGAAUAUCGACUCAAUCUAUCAAAAGGUCUGUAAAGACUCCAACAACACUUACCACGGUCCAUGGAGCGAAAAAGUUCUCGGAAAACUACUCACACCAUUCUCAUCAAAUCUGAUAGGAGCCAUUAUGGAAUCGAUAUGGUACAGAAGAAAUCAAAUAAAAUUCAACGAUAACACUACAAUAAUAACAGAGAACCAAAUAAUUCAUAAAAUCAAAAAAGCGAGAGAUGCCGAAUGGGAUAGAACAAGAAAGAUAGUAGAAAAACAACUACGUCAAGAACUAAGAUGCACUGAUAACCGAGAGUCAAUCAAUCGGACCGCAUCAAUAAAAAGAAGACUCGAAAAAUUCAGUCACAACUGGAACUCGAAACUCAUGACCAUUAACAUCCCGGAACACUUCAUACCAUACUGCUCAUAUAACACCAACUACUCAUAA